GGAAGUGCCUGGGCCCCCUUCGGCUGUGGCGGCGUCUGCUCGUUGUGUUCGCGGCCGGAGGGGAGUUGAAGAGAAGCGCUUGACGCCGCCGGAGCCGGGCGCGGAGGAGGAGCGGGAGCUGGCCCCGCCAGCGUCGGGUUCCCGGCCUCACCAUGUCGCGAGGCUCCAUUGAGAUUCCCCUCCGGGACACUGAUGAGGUCAUUGAACUUGACUUCGAUCAGUUACCGGAGGGGGAUGAAGUUAUCAGUAUUCUGAAACAGGAACAUACCCAAUUGCACAUAUGGAUCGCUUUAGCACUGGAAUAUUACAAGCAAGGAAAAACAGAAGAUUUUGUGAAGUUGUUGGAAGCAGCUCGAAUAGAUGGCAACCUGGAUUAUAGAGACCAUGAAAAAGACCAGAUGACUUGCUUAGAUACAUUGGCAGCCUACUAUGUCCAGCAGGCCAGGAAGGAAAAAAACAAGGACAACAAGAAGGAGCUCAUUACCCAGGCAACAUUGUUGUAUACGAUGGCUGACAAAAUUAUCAUGUAUGAUCAGAACCAUUUAUUGGGAAGAGCCUGCUUCUGUCUGUUGGAAGGUGACAAAAUGGACCAGGCUGAUGCACAGUUUCAUUUUGUACUCAAUCAGUCUCCAAAUAAUAUACCAGCCCUUCUUGGUAAAGCUUGUAUUUCAUUCAACAAGAAAGAUUACAGAGGAGCCCUUGCAUACUAUAAAAAAGCACUGCGCACCAAUCCAGGAUGUCCGGCUGAAGUCCGCUUAGGAAUGGGACAUUGCUUUGUAAAACUGAACAAAUUGGAGAAAGCUCGUCUGGCUUUCAGCAGAGCCCUAGAGCUCAACUCCAAGUGUGUGGGAGCAUUAGUUGGAUUGGCUGUUCUAGAACUCAAUAAUAAAGAGGCUGACUCUAUCAAGAAUGGAGUCCAGCUUCUUUCCCGAGCUUAUACAAUUGAUCCUAGCAAUCCUAUGGUAUUGAACCACUUGGCAAAUCACUUUUUCUUCAAAAAGGAUUAUAGCAAAGUCCAGCACUUGGCUCUCCAUGCUUUCCAUAACACAGAGGUGGAAGCCAUGCAGGCAGAAAGCUGUUAUCAGCUGGCUAGGUCCUUCCAUGUUCAGGAGGACUAUGACCAAGCUUUCCAGUACUACUAUCAGGCCACCCAGUUUGCCUCAUCCUCUUUUGUACUGCCCUUUUUUGGUUUGGGCCAGAUGUAUAUUUACCGAGGUGACAAGGAGAACGCAUCUCAAUGCUUUGAGAAAGUUUUGAAAGCCUAUCCCAACAAUUAUGAAACAAUGAAAAUUCUUGGCUCUCUGUAUGCUGCUUCAGAAGAUCAAGACAAACGAGACAUUGCUAAGGGCCACUUGAAGAAGGUCACAGAGCAGUAUCCAGAUGAUGUUGAGGCCUGGAUUGAACUGGCACAAAUCCUAGAGCAGACUGACAUACAGGGUGCCCUGUCAGCAUACGGAACAGCAACACGUAUCCUGCAGGAGAAAGUACAGGCCGACGUCCCACCAGAGAUUCUGAAUAAUGUGGGUGCCCUCCAUUUUAGGCUUGGAAACUUAGGGGAGGCAAAGAAAUAUUUUCUGGCAUCUUUGGAUCGUGCUAAGGCAGAAGCUGAGCAUGACGAACAUUACUAUAACGCCAUCUCAGUUACAACGUCGUACAAUCUGGCCAGGCUUUAUGAGGCAAUGUGUGAAUUCCACGAGGCAGAAAAGCUGUACAAAAAUAUAUUACGAGAACAUCCUAAUUAUGUUGACUGCUAUUUACGCUUAGGAGCAAUGGCUAGAGAUAAAGGAAACUUUUAUGAAGCUUCAGAUUGGUUUAAAGAAGCUCUGCAGAUCAAUCAGGAUCAUCCAGAUGCUUGGUCUCUGAUUGGCAAUCUUCAUUUGGCCAAGCAAGAGUGGGGUCCAGGUCAGAAGAAAUUUGAAAGAAUAUUAAAGCAACCAUCCACUCAAAAUGACACAUAUUCUAUGCUGGCCCUUGGCAAUGUUUGGCUGCAAACUUUGCAUCAGCCCACCAGAGACCGAGAGAAGGAAAAGCGGCAUCAGGAUCGUGCACUAGCCAUCUACAAGCAAGUCCUCAGAAAUGAUCCUAAGAACCUCUAUGCUGCCAAUGGCAUAGGUGCUGUACUGGCCCACAAAGGAUAUUUCCGUGAGGCUCGUGAUGUAUUUGCCCAAGUAAGAGAGGCAACCGCAGAUAUCAGUGAUGUGUGGCUAAACUUAGCACAUAUCUAUGUGGAGCAGAAGCAAUAUAUCAGUGCUGUUCAGAUGUAUGAAAACUGCCUCCGAAAGUUCUACAAACAUCAGAACACAGAGGUGGUGCUAUAUUUGGCCCGUGCCCUCUUCAAGUGUGGCAAGCUGCAGGAGUGCAAGCAGACUUUGCUCAAGGCUAGACAUGUGGCACCCAGUGAUACAGUUCUCAUGUUCAAUGUGGCUUUGGUACUUCAGAGGCUAGCUACAUCUGUUCUUAAGGAUGAGAAGAGUAACCUCAAGGAGGUGCUUAAUGCGGUUAAAGAACUGGAACUUGCCCACAGGUAUUUUAGUUAUUUGAGUAAAGUAGGAGACAAAAUGAGAUUUGACUUGGCCCUCGCUGCUACAGAAGCCAGGCAGUGCUCUGAUUUACUGAGCCAGGCUCAGUACCACGUGGCCCGUGCACGCAAACAGGAUGAAGAGGAGAGGGAGCUACGGGCCAAGCAGGAGCAGGAGAAAGAAUUGUUACGGCAGAAACUGCUGAAGGAACAGGAAGAGAAGCGUCUUCGAGAGAAAGAAGAGCAGAAGAAACUCCUGGAGCAGCGCGCGCAGUAUGUAGAGAAGACCAAGAACAUCCUCAUGUUCACAGGAGAAGCUGAAGGAACGAAGGAGAAGAAGAGAGGCGGGGGCGGCGGAGGCGGGGGCAGGCGUUCUAAGAAGGGAGGUGAGUUUGAUGAAUUUGUCAAUGAUGACACUGAUGAAGACAUGCCUGUGUCCAAGAAGAAGAAGAAAAGGAAAGGCAGUGGAAGUGAACAAGAAGGGGAAGAGGAGGAGGGUGAGAGGAAGAAGAAAAAGCGGAGGAGACCACCGAAGGGAGAUGAUGGAUCUGAUGAGGAAGAAGCUGAAAAUGGCCCCAGGCCGAAAAAGCGUCGCCCACUUAAAGCAGAAAAGAAGAAGGCCCCUAAGCCAGAACGGUUGCCUCCUUCAAUGAAGGGAAAAAUAAAAUCAAAAGCCAUAAUCUCAUCAAGUGAUGAUUCUUCAGAUGAAGAUAAACUUAAAAUUGCUGAUGAGGGACAUGCCAGGAACAGCAAUAGUGAUUCAGAUGAUGGUGAUCUACGUAAGAAACAUGUGAUGUCAGAGAGCGAUUCUGACGAGAACCCAAAUCAGUCUGGGAGUGAAGCGGGCAGCCCCCGGAGAUCCAGCGUGCAACAGUCAGAGGAGGAUUCUGACAGUGACCGGUCAGCUCCAAAGAGAAGACGCUCGGUGUCUGAACAGUCUGACAAUGAGUCUGUCCAAUCAGGACGGAGCCACUCUCCAGGUUCUGACAAUGAGUCCCGGCCAGCUUCACCGAGUGCUGAUUCAGACCGGGAGUCAGAGAGAGCCUCUGAUAAUGAGGCUUCUGCAAGGGGCUCUGGGAAUGAUUCAGAACCAGAGGCUUCCAACAAUGAGGCCUCAGAACGGGGUUCUGAUGAUAGCGAUUAGAUUUUAGUUUGUAAAUAAGCUAAAUUUCUGGAAGGAAACCUUUUUUUUAAUAUAUGAAAGCUGUGAAAUGCUUGAAAUGUUUAGUAAAACUUGUGAAAUUUUUCUGAAGGCAAUUUUUUUCUAUCAAAUUAUAUAUUACUAAGCCCUGAGAGACAUUUUCUUGUGCCAGAGACCAAUAUUUGAGUUUCUUGUGCAAAUGAAGUCUACUCUCCAAUGUGGAACAGAGCCACCUGUCAUAUGUGAAAAUUACACUUAAAAAUAAAACCAGACAUUCAGUCCUUCCUGGAGUAGUUUGGCUGCAAUUUUGGCCUACGUCCCAGGUCUUCUAUAUGUUUAGCUGCAUUAGAUAAGUGAUUUUUUGAUAAAAGGUACAAGGAAAUAUCUAUUUCCUUUAUUACCUUUUCAUUAUUAUCUUUGUCUUUCUCGGGAAGUAGGUUUACUUUACUUUCCAGUUAGACACAUAAUUUGUAAUUAUACCAAAAUGCAAGAAAAAGAAGCAGGUUUUUUUCCCAGAAAAACAAUCCUGCAGAGAAGUCAAUUACAGGCAUGGCAUAUAAUUCCUCAGGAGAAAAAAAUGUGUGAAAAGACCCCUUGUUAGUCAAAUAUAAAGCUCUGCCUAAGCAAACUGUUUAAUAAAAUUCUGUUGUUACAAGC